AUGGCUUGUAAACUCAUUUAAUAAAUUAAUGUUUCCAAAUCUAAAUCCAUCAUCUAAAUCAAGAGGUAUAUGAUAACCUAGUCGAGGACAGCCCGUUAGAGUUAUAUUCAAGAAGAGAAGGCUAGACAAAUAGAUCGAGAGAAUCAAUUGUUAUUUCAAAAAAUAUUAGGCAUUACAAUGAAACAAAGAAACAGUUCAACAACUCCAACAAAAACAACAUUAAAUUAUAAAACCAGAAAAGACUUUCAAUAGAAGAUAAUGGAUGAAAAUUAGAAACUGUUCACUAGAAUAAAAUAACAAACAUCGUAUUACAAAAUUUAGAAAUCUUAAACAAAAUCUUUAUCUAAAUAAAGAGCAAAUUCAUCUUAUUUGCCAAGUAAGAAACUACAAGAAUUAUAUUAGAGUAAAUUAGAGUAGGGUGGAUUAACUUAUAAAAUAAGAGUUAUCAUAGAUGGACAAUUAUUUAAAAUAAUGGCAACGACAGAAGAACAAUCUUAUACAAGAGUGUUAGAAAUGAUGAAGAGUGAUGGAAUUCUAUUGUUGAAGAAUGUGUUUCAUAAUGAUUUUCAAAAAUUGAUAGAGAGUUUAUAAAUUUCAGAUAAGAUUACAAUCAAAGGGAUAUAAUUAAUAGAGACUCACGGUAAAUUUGGUUGA